UGGAACUGUAGGCCCCGGGCGCGGCUUCCCGGCUGGCCUGUUGCUGGCCUCGCGGGACUCGUUGCUAGGGACCCUCAAGUUUUUGAGCGAGGCGAGCGCUCCUUGCCUUUCCUGGGGUCGCGCUUUGGCUGGGAGCGGCCUUCACCCAAACCGGCUCCCGCUCUCUCCCCGCAUUUUUAACCUGUCUUCUUCUUGACUUGCUCAUUUUCUAACAUUGACAGCACCACGGCCUUGAACUGGUUUACAACAUCCUCCAAAAGACUUGUUGAGGGAAUAAACAAGAAACUAUGCAGAAAUCCGAAUGCCCUGGAGGUUUGCAGUUGAGAAACAGGGUGACAGGUAAUUAUCUUCAAAGGACAUCCUCAAGUACACCAGUAAAACAGAGGACUGCAAUUCAGCAAAGCAAAUCCUCAUCAUCAAUAGGUUCUCCAGAAUCUGCAAAAAAACUUCAUCCUCGACCAAGUGAUAAACUUAACCCUAAAACAAUUAAUCCUUUUGGUGAACAGACAAGGGCUCCUUCUGCAUUCUCAGCUAUUUACUCUAAAGGAGGUAUUCCUUGCAGAUUGGUACAUGGUUCAGUAAAACACAGACUACAUUGGGACUGUCCUCCUGAAAACCUUCCAUUUGAUCCUCUUCUUAUUACUUUAGCUGAGGGUCUGAGAGAGACGAAACAUCCAUAUACCUUUGUGUCAAAGGAGGGUUUUAGAGAAUUACUUUUGGUCAAAGGAGCUCCUGAAAAGGCUAUUCCUUUGCUACCUAGACUAAUUCCUGUGCUAAAGGCAGCACUGGUCCAUUCAGAUGAUGAAGUGUUUGAAAGAGGAUUGUGUGCUUUGGUGCAGUUAAGUGUCAUAGUUGGUCCUUCCCUAAAUGAUCAUCUGAAACAUCUGCUUACCAGUCUUUCCAAGAGACUAAUGGACAAGAAAUUCAAAGAGCCAAUCACAAGUGCAUUACAGAAGCUAGAGCAUCAUGGUGGAGGUGGAAGCCUUAUAAUCAUCAAAUCCAAAAUUCCAACAUACUGCUCGAUAUGCUCUUGAAUAAGGGAGGCAAGAGAAGUCAUCUUCCUGCUGACAGGUCUCAUACACUGACCAUGGAUACCCACGAAACCUUGUUCAGUUCAGUUCAUUCUUUUGUAAAUCACAACCACAGGUCAUUGUUUACUAGGUUAAGGUAAGUAUAUGUACCUGCCGAAUCAUAGUGAAGGUUACUCAUCAACAAAAAGGAAUGGCUAAUAAUGGAAGGUUAUUAAAGGAACUUUUGUAAUAGUAUAACUUUGUGGUUUUUCUUCGUCUUUUUAUCAUUUGUGUGAAGAACCAUUGAGUUUAUAAGAUCAGGUGUGUUUGUAUUUAUUUUCUAGUGCUUUUUUAAUUUGUAACACUUGCAGUUAUUUGUAGCUGUAUGUUUAUGUUUAUAGGGUUUUUUUUUUGCCAUUUCUUAGUUUUUAUAUAUAUCAAGCUAUAGAAAUUUCAAAUAUUGGAUUAAUCCUUGUGAAUUCACUAUUUUUUAUUUGUAAAUAAAUAUGUAUUUUAUUAUGUAGAAUGCUUGGAAAAAUUACUUUCCAGAGUAUUCUACUUUUAAGAAAUUUUUUAAGUGUGUAAAUUCUACUGCAGGUUUGUUGUUUAUUACAACUUGUUAAAACUACCUAAACUUCAGGUGUUAAUUGUAUUUAAGUAAAUGUUAUUUUUGCAUUUCAUAGCCUGAAAAUAUUUAUGAAUAUAUACAGAUAUUCAGGAAUUAAAAUCUUAAAACUUAUAUUA